CGGGCUCUGGCUGUUUGCUUUCCAUCCUACCACUCUGCAGACAACCAGCAGCUCCCCAGCUGAGGCUCCAGCUCACCAUGCUGAAACUCAGAAGGUAUUUGAUCAUGAAGCUAAAUGCAAUAUACAGGUGCCAGCCAGGUCGGCUCUGGGUCUUCUUCAGCUUCCUCAUCCUCCUCCUGGUCAUACUUCAAGUCGUGGAGAAGCUGCAGCCUCCCAGAAGCUGUCGGUGUGAGCUGGAGCGUGCCCUGCAGACCCCAGAACACAGCCAGGAGAGGAUGGGCUCUGCCCCCCCAGCCCCUGACCUGCUGUGGGAGGAUCAUCCCCUGCCCCAGCAGAGGACAACCACGCCUGACCCCACUUCCACUCAGAGUGUGCAGGACAUUUUUCAUCAGAUGCAUCUGUUCUUUAGCCAGAAGCCCCCGUUAGAGAUCAGUCCAGGCAGCCCAGAGGAGGGCUGGACACAGCAGCCUGUGGAGAGCAGCAAGCAGCUCAGCACCCAUCCUUCAGCCACCAGGAUGGAAUCCCAGCUUCCUGGCUUCAGGAAAACCAGCAGAGAGGAUCCUUCUCCAAGUCUUGCCGGGAGGAUCUCCACAGCCAAGGGAGAUGCUGAUGCUGUCACCAACAAGUUCAUAACCUUUGCAAACAGGACGAAGGCAGAGGAGCAGGAAACAGCAGCACCAUCAGGAAUGAGGCAGGGGAUGGUGAAGAUCCAGUCUCAGCCUCAAGCCACAGGUUCCCCCCCUCAUCAGUGGGGCAGUUUGCUUAAACACCCCUUGCCAAACUCAGCUCAGCCUCCACAAGCAGGGGACUUUUACAAGGCAGACCAGGAGAGGGGAUUUAUUCCAAGCUGGACAGAAGCCUCUAAGGGUGAUGAGGUGACACCUGGGGAAGGCUGGCAGGCCAGAAGGCUCUUCUCUCCAGGGGCCACAUGUAAGCCCAAGACUGACAUUGUUUUCCUCAAAGUCCACAAGAGUGCCAGCAGCACCGUCAUGAACAUUCUCUUCCGCUUUGGUGAGACACACAACCUCACCUUUGCCUUCCCCAUCGGUGGGGGCAAUCAGCUCUUCUACCCCCAGCACUUCUUGGCCAAGUUUGUGCAGGGCUUCUCCCCCCAGAGCUCUCGGCGGUUCAACAUCCUCUGCCACCACAUGAGAUUCCUGCAGCCAGAGGUGCAAAAGGUGGUGUCCAGUUCAGCCAUCUACUUCUCCAUCCUGAGGAACCCCGUGCAGCUCAUGGAGUCCUCCUUUGCCUACUACAAGGGUGCCUCAGCUUUCUCCCACGUCGGCAGCCUGGAGGAGUUCCUCAGCCAGCCCUACCACUACUACAACCCCCGGAGCAGUGACAGGCACUACGCCAGGAAUCUCAUGACCUUUGAUUUUGGCUUCAACCCUGAUGGAGAUGUCUCAGCGGGGCGGGUGAGGCUCAUGCUGCAGGCCAUCGAGGCGUCCUUCGACUUGCUCCUCAUCUCCGAGUACUUCGAGGAGUCCAUGGUGCUGCUGAAGGAGACUCUGUGCUGGGACCUGGACAGCGUCGUCUCCUUCCCCCUCAACAUCAGGGACAGCAGCACCAAGUCCCAGCUCUCAGACACCAUCGUGGAGAAGAUAAAGGAGUGGAACAGGCUGGACUGGGAAAUCUACACUCACUUCAACAGGACCUUCUGGGAAAGGAUCGAGAGAGACAUCGGCAGGGAGCAGAUGGCGCGGGAGGUGCGGGCGCUGCGGGAGCGGCAGGCGGAGCUGGCCAGGACCUGCCUGCAAGGGACGGGCAGCGUGGCCCCGAAGGACAUCAAGGACAGCUCCCUGCGCCCGCUGCAGCACGGCAGCGCCAGGAUCCUGGGAUACAACCUCAAGCAGGGCCUGGAUGAGGAGACGGAGCUGAUGUGCCGGCGGCUGGUGACCCCGGAGCUGCAGUACAGCGGCGCUCUCUACAAGAGGCAGUUCCCUCAAAAGGCCCCCGAGCCCCUUCGGCCCCCUCGCCCUCGGCACAGGCUGGAGGACACGCAAAACUGAACCGAACCUCCUCGGACCCUCUCCAAGAGUGGCUCUCCAGCUCCGGAUGCUGGAGAUCCGAAUGCAGUUCACCUCCUGGGGCAGCAGGCAGGAACGCUGCCACCCACCAGAGCCGCCGGGCACCUUCCUCUGUGCCUGGCCACACACACACACACACAAAAUGUCCCCGGGUGCCACGGGCUGGGCUGACACAGAGGGACCUGGGGGCUCCACACAACACAAGAUUCUUCCAGGGAGCAAACGGGGCAAAACCAUCAAUUGUUGGCCAAAGCCUUGGAGAAGGCAACCUGGAGCUCUGCGCUGCCUCCAGCAGCCUCGGUGGUGAGGAGCAGGGCAGGAGACACAGCCCCAGUCCCCAGCUCCAUCUCAGGGAGGUGGGAACGAGGUUCCAGCUGGGAACUGCAUCGUUGCUCCUCACCUGGUGAUCCCAGCAGCACGGGGCCAGGCUGUGAUCAGAGCUGUGGGGCUUGGUUUACAGCUUGGCAACACCUCUGUCUGUCCAGCUGCAGCUCUCCUCCUCUCCACCUUAAUGCCACUGUGCUGGGCAAGCAGCUUCUUCGGUAAAAGUCACUGUGUUCACCAGCACUCCCCUUAGUUAUCAGUCUGCCCAGUAGACAAUCUCUCCAGCCACCCAAGAAUGAGAUCUCAAACUUCUCAAAAUGGCCUAGAAAGAAAGAA